AUGGUUGAAAAACCCUUGUCCAACCAAAGCUCUGGAGCCUUGUGCAACGUUGGAUCAAGAGCUGCUCUCUGCAAUGGGUCCCAUCUCAUGGAUGUCCAGAGACCGCCGGUGCUGGUGGAUGCCUGGCUGGUUCCGCUGUUUUUUGCUCUUAUCAUGCUGGUCGGUCUAGUGGGGAAUUCCUUGGUCAUCUACGUGGUCACCAAACACCAGCAGAUGAAGACAGUAACUAAUAUGUACAUAGUGAAUCUUGCCAUAACAGAUAUCCUGUUCCUGGUUUGUUGUGUUCCAUUUACGGCUACACUGUAUCCUCUACCAAGCUGGAUAUUUGGGGACUUUAUGUGCAGACUAGUCAACUAUCUACAGCAGGUGACUGCGCAGGCGACUUGCAUCACGCUGUCAGCGAUGAGCGUGGAUCGUUUUUAUGUGACGGUAUACCCCUUACAGUCUCUUCAUCAUCGAACCCCUCACAUGGCCAUGACUGUCAGCAUCACUAUCUGGAUAGGUUCUUCGUUGCUGUCGGUGCCGGUGGCAGUGUACCAGCGACUGGAGCCCGGUUACUGGUUUGGGCCUCAGACGUACUGCACGGAGGCGUUUCCCUCCCCGCGUCACCAGAGAGCUUUCAUCCUGUACUCCUUCUUAGCCGUUUAUCUACUUCCCCUGGUCACCAUCUGCCUGUGCUACGCUCUGAUGCUCAAACGCAUGGGCCAACCUACCGUUGAACCCACCGACAGUAACUACCAGCUCCAGGUACAGGCGGAGCGGUCGGAGGCGGUCAAAGCAAAAGUGUCUCGGAUGGUGGUCGUGAUGGUGCUCCUGUUCACCGUCUGCUGGGGACCCAUUCACGUCCUCAUCCUGCUGCAGGCCUUCGGUCCGCCGGGUCCGAGAAGGAGCUACGCGCUCUAUAAGCUUAAGAUCUGGGCUCACUGCAUGUCCUACUCUAACUCCUCUGUCAAUCCGCUGGUCUACGCCUUCAUGGGGGCCAACUUCAGAAAGGCCUUCAGAAGGGCCUUCCCUCAGAUCUUCAAACGCGGCGUCAGGGUGGCAGACCCCGUCCCUGCGUGCGACACCGAGAUGCACUUUCUUUCAUCUGGUCCAUGA